GGGYCCUUGUUCUGCUUCGCUGUGACGGGCAGCUUGUUUCCUUCGAGGAUCCAAAAUGGUGUUCUUGCACGCGAGGGUAUCCGCCCAUGCAGCGCGCGCCAAUCAGAGGGCUCCUUCUAUCCCGGAUGCGUUUCCGUCUCGAGCGUCUACACAAGCUAAAGUCAAAGGCCGCUCGAAAACCGCUCGAAUGGGUCGGCAGAGAGGAUUAAAGCGAAACGAAUAUAUGAUAUUUUGAUGCUUUGCGUUUAUCCAAGCAAGCCUACCGUUGCUUACACGGACAUCUAAAGGUUUUGAGCUUCUGACGGAGAUGAAAUAGCAACGCUGUUAACGAUUUCUGGUGGAUAUUUUAAGUCUUCUUUUCGUUGGACGGUUGUUUGUUGGUCUACACGGGUUUUUUUUUUUUAAACCAAGCUAGCGCUAGCCUCGACUGAGCUGCUCUUCUUAGCUGCUAUGGUCGUCGCAAGCUUGUGCGGAUGUCUCCGGAAUUUAUAUUGAACCGACUGCAACAAAUGGGACUAUCCAGCAUCAGUCGAAAACACUGCGGCAUAGACUAAACAUUACAGACUCGGAUAAGAAURGGAGUUCGUGGGAAUUUUAGAGGAUUCUGUGGACGUUACAAGCAGCAGGCAUUUUUCUAGUUGGAUUUUAYCCCACUGAAACUCUCCCCCAGCCAUGGAAUCGACGGUUGAUGACGAUGCAAUGGCAGCGUGAAUGAAGCUUGGCGUGGGGAGAGCUGAACGAUGCCCAAAGGUGGGGGUUCUAAAACCCCCCAGCUGGACCACUUCCCACUCAACACCGACAUGGUGGAAAAGCAGGGUGGGAAAAAGGAUAAAGUGUUGUCAAAUAAGACUCCCAAAUUGGAUCGCAGCGAUGGGGUCAAAGAGAUGAAAGAAAAGGCUCCUAAAAGGAAACUGCCCUUCACCGCUGGAGCAAAUGGAGACCAGAAAGAUUCUGACUCAGAGAAACCAGGUCCAGAGAGGAAGCGCAUUAAAAAGGAGCCCACUAACACCCGGAAGCCGUUCGGGAUGGGGAUGCCAGGGAUCCGGACCGGGUACCCCGUCUCCGAGCGGCAGCAGGUGGCCUUGCUCAUGCAAAUGACAGCUGCGAAGUCCGUCAACAGUCCAGACACAACACCAAAGCAUCAGUCACAAUCUUGUCUGGGUCAGAAGGGAACGCCAAACUCUGCAUCUAAAACCAAAGACAAAGUAAAUAAAAGAAAUGAAAGAGGGGAGACUCGACUGCACAGAGCAGCAAUUCGUGGAGAGGUGCGCCGCAUCAAGGAGCUCAUCAAUGAGGGAGCCGAUGUGAAUGUAAAAGACUUUGCAGGCUGGACUGCAUUGCAUGAGGCAUGCAACAGGGGAUAUUACGAUGUGGCCAAGCAGCUGCUGGCAGCCGGAGCUGAAGUCAACACCAAGGGUCUGGACGAUGACACUCCUCUUCACGAUGCAUCCAACAACGGACAUUUCAAGGUGGUUAAGCUACUUUUACGUUAUGGAGGGGACCCACGUCAAAGCAACCGAAGAGGUGAAACGCCGCUGAAGGUUGCCAGCUCUCCAACUAUGCUGAAUCUGUUGCUGGGGAAAGGCACGUACACCUCAAGUGACGAGAGCUCAUCAGAAUCUUCUGAGGAGGAGGAUGCCCCUUCGUUUGCCCCCUCGAGCUCUGUAGACGGCAAUAACACAGACUCUGAGUUCGAGAAGGGUUUGAAGUUAAAAGGAAAACCCGCGGACCCUCCGAAAUCUGUCGUCACACCCGUCAAAGAUGAAUAUGAGUUCGAUGAGGACGACGAGGAGGAGCGCGUGCCUCCUGUCGACGAUAAACACCUCUUGAAAAAGGACUUCCGAAAGGACCCAGUUAGUAAAACCAACAGCUUCAUCUCUAUACCCAAGAUGGAGGUAAAAACCUAUUCCAAAAGCAACUCGCUCACACCAAAGAAAACUGUCAGGCGGAUCAUCUCUGACAGUAACAGUUCAGACGAGGAUGACAGGACGUUGUGUUUCACGCCUGCGCCCACGCCACGGCAACAAGCCCAGCAAACAAACACCAAGACUAGAGACUCUGGCAGRAUGAGCUCUAAACAACAAAAAGACAAAAAUAAAGUGAAAAAGAAGCGAAAGAAGGAGAGCAAAAACAAUGUCAGUAAAGAAGUUCGGUUUGGUAAAGUCAACGACAAAUUCUGUACGUCUGACUCGGACAGCGCGGAUCUAGAGAGCGAGGACGAUAAGGGCUCGAACAAUUUAAAGGACUCCUCGUCGAUGAACCUUAAAGAAUCCUCUCGCUUUAACGCGACCUCCUCUUCCUCGCACGGAAACUUAAACUCUCAGAAACAAACGCCGUCGRUGGCAGAGCAGCAUCCGAAGCAGUGGAGGACAGAUGGCUGGAAGACYGUGUCGUCUCCUACGUGGUCGGACGUCAGCUCUCUCUCGGAUUCGGUCAGAACAAGACUGUCCAGUGAGUCCGAGUACUCGUCCGCCGAUUCGAGUAUCGAGUCAAUAAAGCAAAUCAAGAGAAAAGCGCAGGAGAACAAGAAGAAGAACAAUGCGCACAGUAACACUGUAGACAAGAAAAAUUCAGAGCUCUAUAAAAACUCCACUGCAGAGAGCGCCAUCUCCAAAACUGAUGGAGAUGGAAAAGUGAUUAAGAAGCAUAAAGUAAAGCACAAGCAUAAAAGUAAGGAAAAGGACAAUGCUCCCAGUCUGGUGCUUAAUCAAGACAUGAAUGAAAAGUUUGUCAAGAGCUAUUCUUUUGACUUUGAUGAUUCGCGGCAAAAAAAUUUAAUUGUUGAGUCUGAAUCUGCGUCUGAGGGUAAAAUCAAAUUAUCCAAACACGAGAAAGACCAUUCGAAAAAGGACGAUAGGCUUUCAAAAGCCAAGUCCGAGGAUAAGGACUGGUCAUCUGGAAAGGAUCUGCACAGGACAGCAAAAGAAGAGAAAAAUAAGAAAGCAAGGGACACCACCAAGGACAAGACAAAUAAAGAGGAGAGGGACAAGAAUAUAAAAUCUGACAAGGAAAGAAAUUUCAAAGAGAAGGAGAAAGCCAAGGAAGAUAAACAAAAGGCUCACAAAGAGGAGAAAAAGAAGAAGUCCAAGGAGAAAUCCUCCUCUAAAGCAGACAGAAAAAGUGAGUUGAAGGAAGAGAAGCAUCUCAAGGUGGACAAGGAGAAAACCAUCAAGGAGGAGAAGGAGAAAUACAAAAAAGACAAAGCACUGAAGGAAGAGCCUGAGCAUGAAGGCUACGACGUUAACAAUCGGUUUCUCAGCCUCGAGGACACGAAGCUCAGCGCGUCAGAUGACCAUCACGACAGGUGGGGCUCCGAGAUGUCCUCCGAUUCUUCCAUCUGUGGAGACGAUAGCUGGGACGCUCAUGUCAAAGAGGUCAAGGAAUAUAAAUCCCACAACACUGUUAAGCUAAUUGUCGAGACCGUUAAAGAGGAGACGAGGAGGAAAGAAAACAAGGUCAAGGACAAGAGAGCAGAGCACAGUGACAAAAAAUCAGAGAAAGAAGUCGGCUCUAAAAAGAAAGAAAAAGACUCUUCCGAAAAAACAAACGAAAAGAAAAAAGACUGGUCUGAAAAAACGAAACUGAACUCCAGCCACUCCGUUGAGAAAGACAAAAAGCGAAAGGAGUCCAUGGAAACGGUCAAAGACAAAAAAGACAAGGAUUCCUUGGACAGUAGUAGAGACCGUAAAGAUUCAUAUGAAAGUGUGAAGGACAGAAAAGAUCUGAAAAUCAAGCAGGAGUCGAUCGGAGACGAGUACGGCAACGACAGCUUCUUCAAAGACAUAGAUCCCGCUGGAAAACUUUGUGACAUCAGAGAAAGAAAUCACUCUGGAAAGGAGAAAGAAAAGAAAAGCGACGGAGUGGAAAAACGAGAAAAGACAAAAGUCGACAAAUACAAAGAAAAAACUAAAGACAGAGGAGCUGAUCAUGAAAAGAGUGAGCGGAACUUCACAGAGAAAGCCYUCAGGGAAAAAGAUGAAGACCGAGGCACCAAAGACAAGAAGGAAGGAGCCAAAGACAAACACAAAGACUCUCAUGGCAAAGACAAGGACCGAAAGGUGUCUUCAGACUUGACAAAGGACAAGAAGGAGAAGGCCUCUCAAGAUAAACAUGCUGAGAGGGAAAAAGAUUUCCUUGAGAUAAAGAAAGAGGAGAAGAAAACAGAAAAAAUCAGGGAAAAAACGUGGUACAAAAUCGCCGACAUAUUCACAGAUGAAAGCGACGACGACGAGGACAGCUACAACAGUGGCGUUGUGCUUGGGUCGGGCACCAUCAGAAAAGACUUGACUCCUGAUCAGGACGAUCUGGAUCACUUCCCUUCUGAAAAAAUGAGAAAGUCUUCCGCUGAGGCUAAACAUAACACGGAAAAAACAAAAGACAAGGAUUACAAGGAGAAGAAGAAGGAUAAGACGGCAUUUGACAUGGGAAAAGAGCGGAAAGGCUCCCUGGAGAAACACAACAAGGACAAGAAGGACUCAGUUGACUCAAAAUACAAGGAGAGGAAAGACAGAUCCUCGGUGGACUCGAACCAAGACAAGAAAAAUAAGCAGAAGUUGCUGGACAAAAGGGACACGAGCGAAGAAAAGACGAAAAGCAAAUAUAAAGACAAGCAAGACCAUUCUAAAGAACGGAAGCCCUCUAAAGGCUGUGGUGAGAAUGAAAAGUCCCUUUUGGAAAAACUAGAGGAGGAAGCUAUGAACGACUACAAGGAUGACUCCAAUGACAAGAACAGCGACAUCUCCUCGGAUAGCUUCACUGACCGAGGUCACGAGCCAAUCCUCACCAGCUACUAUGACUCCAUCAACCUUAAUGAAAUCUCCGAGGACAGAAGAGACUCCCUGUCCAUAUCUACYCCACAGGACAGAUUCAGAGAUAAAGAACGGCAUCGGCACUCCUCCUCGUCYUCAUCCAAGAAGAGCCACGACAAGGAGAAAGAAAAAGUCAAAAAGGACAAAGGGGAGAAACGAGAGUCCUACAAUCGCAGAGAAAGUCUACCUUUUGAGAAAGAGUCCAUGCCCCUUGAGGCUGACCCUUACACAUUUCCAUUCGGGGGUAAAGGGGACGGCGAAGACGACUACGACAAAACAUUGGAAUUUGAGAAAGAGAUGUCCAAAAAGGACAAAGAGAAAGCAACUGGCAUCAUUAGCGACAGGAUGAAAGACAAAAAGAAGAAGGAGAAACAUAAAGACAAACUGAAGGAGGAAAAGAAUAAAUACAUGGAUGGCUUUGGGUCAUUUAAACACUCCAGAGACGAUGUGAAGGCAGGCUUGAAAGAUAGCCCCCAGUUCUCUGUUCUGAAAGACCGGUCAAAAGAGCAAAGUCCUAAAUUUGAUUUGAAAAAAGACAGAAGUCGAGACAUGUUGGACAAAGACAACAGAAUGGAUCACAGUAAAUCUAAGGUAAAGGAUGAAAACGAAAAGCUCCCUCUGUCCAAAGACACAACACGGAAAGACAAUCGUCCUCGUGAAAAACUUUUGGUGGAUGAUGAUUGUCAGCUGACAAGUUUUGGUCAGAUGUUAAGUCAAAAGGAUCAGGAAAUCGGAGUGAGAUUAAAGAAACAAAAAGAAAAYAUGAAGCAAAUGGAAAGGCUGAGACCCAAAACAGGGGACCCUAAACUGAAAGACAAAGCCAAGUCAGCAGAGGAAGUACGAAAAAACCGCAGCGAGCUGUCAUCGAAGAAAUCCAACAACUUGGAGUCUGGUCUUAAGGAGAAGAAGCUGAAGGAUGUGGGCCUCCCAACUCAGAUGAUGUCUCCAGGGAGGAAGUUCCAACCUAGUGAUGGCCAGAACACAAAAGACUGGAUGGCAGGACACCAAAUGAAAGAGAACCUCCCAGCUUCUCCCAGACCAGAUCAAAACAGACCGACAGGUGUCCCCACGCCAACAUCUGUCAUCUCCUGCCCCAGCUUUGAGGAUGUAAUGCAGACGCCGCGGACCCCGUCCUGCAGUCCAGAGGAUUACCCUGAAAUCAUACUGGAUGCGCUGGACUGCCAGAACUCCUCAGCCAUGGCCAUGUCAAUGAACGCCUGCUCCCCAUCAGUUUUUGAAAGCAGGUACUCGAACUCCCAGAGUUUCCAGGAGGGUACCUGCCCUACUCCUGCAAAAAACCUGCAGCUGCCGCUCAUCAGCCGUUCUGCAUCACCAGACYCUCGCAGGCCUUUAGAGAUGGAGUUCAAAGCCGAGUCCGACAUGUCUUUUCGACAGCAGAGUGAUCCAGUAGCUGAUUUUGAUCUGUCYUCUUCCCAGCCCUUGGAGGACAAAUCAGUAACUUUGAAUAGGUUGGAGAGUGUGCCGCACUAUUUCCCUCCAAUGAGGAUGUUGUCUCCUCACCCUGAUAUACCCCAUCUAACACCGGACGGGAUGGCGACGACUCUCUGUGUCGCAGAGGACCUUCCUGAAAGCGUGUACAACAGUUUUCUUCCCAAACCUUCGACGCCAGUUCACAGACCGGAUCCCCAGGAGCCGUGCUUUGACAUUGCUGCACCACCAACCCCAGCCCCUGCCGCUUUGCUGCCCCUGGAUAUCGACGACAUCUCCGAGCCGAACCACAGUGAGCCCAACUUGCCUGAUCUUCCCUGUGACCAAAAAGAGCAGGAGGGAGACGAAGAGGAGGAGGAAGAGGAGGAAG